AGGAUGGAGCCCAGCGACGGGAGAGAAAAGAGCCGCCUCUUGCAAGGGGUGGAAGCCAGAUCUUAUUUAGGGAUUUCAGGGAGCAGCUUCCCUGGUUCGAUGCUCGGCUACGUCCCAGACCUCUCCGCCAUCGAGCUGGGCCUGAAAGAAAACCAGCACUGCCAUUCCAACUGGGCCUCUGGCAAUGGCUACGACUGUGAAAGAGAGAGCGCGCGGAGGAAGCUCUACGUGGCCUCUGCGAUCUGCUUGGUCUUCAUGACAGGGGAAGUUGUGGGGGGUUACUUCGCACACAGCUUGGCCAUCAUGACGGAUGCAGCCCAUCUGCUGACCGACUUCGCCAGCAUGAUGAUCAGCCUCUUUUCACUUUGGAUGUCAUCCCGGCCGGCUACCAAGACCAUGAACUUCGGCUGGCAUCGGGCAGAGAUUUUGGGAGCGCUGCUGUCGGUGCUGUCCAUCUGGGUCGUGACCGGGGUCUUGGUCUACCUCGCGGUCCAGCGGCUGCUCUCGGGCGACUACGAGAUAGAAGGGGAAGCGAUGCUCAUCACCUCUGCCUGCGCAGUGGCGGUGAAUAUAAUAAUGGGAGUCUCCCUUCACCAGUCAGGACACGGGCAUAGCCAUCACAGUCACAGUGAGGGGCAGAAUACCAGCGUCCGGGCUGCAUUCAUCCACGUUAUUGGGGACCUUCUGCAAAGCAUCGGGGUUCUGGUGGCAGCCUACAUAAUCUAUUUCAAGCCAGAACUGAAGUUCGUGGAUCCCAUCUGCACAUUCCUGUUUUCCAUCCUUGUCCUUGGGACAACGCUGAGCAUUCUCCGAGAUGUGGUCCUUGUGCUGAUGGAAGGUACACCCAAGGGUGUGGAUUUUAAUGAAGUGAAGAAGAUCCUGCUGUCCAUCAGUGGUGUGAAAGCUCUUCACAGCCUUCACAUCUGGGCCCUAACUGUGUCUCAGCCCGUCUUGUCGGUUCACAUUGCAAUCAACGAGGACGCAGAGGCGCAGGCCGUCUUGAAGGAAGCCAGUUCCCGGCUGCAGGCGGCCUUCAGCUUCCACACCACCACCAUCCAGAUAGAGAACUACUCCGAGGACAUGAAUGAUUGUCAGGAAUGCCAGAGCCCCUUGGACUGACGGGUGCCCACCGGGGAGGGUUGCUAAGCAACCCGGACUGGAUGGUCUUGUCAAAACUGCUACCUCAGACCUGCUGUUGAUGUGAACUUAAAAUCCUAUAGUCUUCU